AUGAAUGGUCCAAGUAUUCGUGGAUCACACGCCUCAGUCUACAUUUUCGAUAUUGAAGACUUCGGUCCAGAGCUUGACGAAUCUCUUUUCUUAGUUCCAAACGGCUGCAUCAAUUCCACAGAGUCAUCUGAUCGCCUUCGUCGUGGAAUGUUUGUAUUUAAAAGAAGUUUAAUCUCCAUUGCAUUCUCAAAUAGAUCCAAUGAAUCAUUCAUUGAAUCGUAUUGA